AUGUCAAGCACCAAGACAUCAGGCACGAAGAUAUCAAGUACUAAAGCAUCGACUACCAAGACACCAGCUACAAAGGCGUCAAGCCGCAAGAAAUCGACUCCCAAAGCAUCAACCGCCUUGGAAUCGACUACCAAGGGAUCCAGCACCACAACUUCAAGCGCGAAGGUGUCAAGCACGAAAGUAUCGAGUCCUAAAACAUCGACUACCAAGAGACGAGGUACGAAGGCAACAAGAUCCAAGGCACCAAGCUCCAAGACAUCGACUACCAAGACAUCAGCUAUCAAGACAUCCAGCGCCAAGGCAUCCAGCACCGGGUCGCCGGUAGUCGCGACAUCGAGCACCAAGAUAUCAACAACCAAGACUUCAAGCACCAAAUCAGCAACUACCAAGACAUCGACUGCUCAGAUAUCGAGCACCAAAGUAUCCAGCGCCAAGACAUCGAGCACAAAGGCACCAAGAGCCAAGUCAUCAACCACCAAGAUAGCAAGAACUAAAUCAGCAGCAGCUACAACAUCCACUACCAAGACAACAAGCGGCAAGGUAUCCAGAACCAAGACAUUGUCUACCAAGACAUCAAGCAGCAAAGCGUCCACCACCAAGAUGUCGAGCAGCAGAGUAUCUAGCGCCAAGAGCUCAAUCACCAACCAAGUCGUCAUCAAGCAGCAAGGCAUCAAGCCCAUCUACUAUCAUCACAAGCACCAAAGCAUCAAGCUCAAGAAGGACAAGCUCAACGGCUACAAGCACGCUGGCGCCAAGCGCGAGGAAAACAAGCCUCUCUACUCCGAUCAGCACCAAAGCACCAAGCUUGACGAAGACAAGCUCAACUACAAUUACAAGCACCAAAGCACCAAGCUCGUCUACUGCCACGAGCAUUUCACGGACACCAAGAAGCAAAAGACCAAGAACGAGGAAGAAGCCAAGAACAAGGCGACCAAAAACAAGGGCAUCAAGAACCAAGGCAGCGAAUGCACGAAAGACGAGCUCGUCUACUACUUCCACCACGAGCAGCUCACAGCCGCCAAGCACAAAGGCAUCAAGCACGCCAGCGCCAAGUCCACCCAGCAAGUCACACCCGGCCAAGGAGUCGUCGAGCACAACAUCAACGACAAGCCCCGCCGUGGACAGAUACCCCAAGGCCUGCCCGACGCCCACAACGACCCCAGCAGAGACUACCGGAGCUUCCAGCCGUCCUACUUCCAGCGCAGACGUCCGAUGGAAACACGCGUCGUGGACAGCAUCUACAUCCGCGACGACGGCACGAACCUGACGCUGGCCAACGCGGCGAUCGAGUACCGCGCGUUCCUGUACGCCUGCCAGGACGGCUGGUACACGUUCCACUCGUACCGGUCGGAUGACAUUACGCUCAUGUGGUUCGGCCCCAAGGCGUACCGGGGGUGGACGCGCCAAAACGCCGACAUUAGCCAGUUCUACUUUGGCGACAACGAGCCCAAGAGGGUCAGCCGGAUGCUCAAGGCCGGCACGCACUAUCCCAUCCGCGUCAUGUGGGGAAACCUCGGCAGCGUGGCAGAGUUGUCGCUGCGCAUCCAGGGCCCAGACGGACGGGAGCUGUUUGGGAACUACUUGACGACGGAGGCGUGUGAUGGCUCGUACCCCAAGUUUGCGCCUUUUGGUCGGGAGCGAUAG